UAUGGCAGAAAGGAAAUUAAUGAAAUUAUUCUUUCUUGGAUUCUUGGUGGUGUUUGUUAUUGUUAUGUUUACUAAUUGAUUGUACUCGACGGUUAGGAUUUUUUUGUGUGUGAUUAUAUAUAUUAUAAAACUAUUAAAUACUUAUAAAUAUGCCGAAACGUAAGCAUGUUAAGAAAUGCUGCUUUUUAUGCGACGAAAAUUGUCGACUAGAAAAUGUAUCAUUUGAGGUUACCUACCAUAGAUUUCCUUCUGUAGUCCAAAUAAAGAAAUUAUGGAUGGAUUUUUGCAAUUUGGAUGAAGAAAAGGACGAUGUUUCCAAUAUAUAUAUUUGUUCAUUGCAUUUCCAAGAUGAGGACUACACAGAUUUAAAUGCUAAAAAAUUUGGGGGACGUCUUAGACUUAAAAAGGGUGUAGUUCCUUCUAUUCUAGUACCUCAUGGGAAACGUAAAAUGUUUUUGUCAGUAGCAGAAGAACCGCCUCUUGUAUCAUCGCCACCCUCAAGUCAAAUAUUAGAACCUGUGCCAUCUACAUCCAAAAUUACUUCACUUACACCUUUAGAUUACAGUAUCUCUGGAUCACCUAAUUCAUUAAUCCAGGAAAUAACAACUUCUACAGAUGAUGCAAUGGGUGUUAUGACUACACCAAAACAUUCUAAGAAAAAAUCUCCCGAUGUUUCUACACCAAGAAGAGCGAAACGAAAACUGUUAUUUGCCUUGGACGAAGUAGAAAGGCAAAGAAAAAAAAAUAGAAUAAUUAAUCAGAGAAACAGAAGACUAACAAAACGUGUAAAGUCACUUCAGGAUUUAGUUAAGCAUUUACGUAACAAAGCUUUAAUUUCUGAAGAAGCCAGUUUAGUAAUGGUAAAUAGAUGAGUUACAGAACAGAAAACAUAUUUAUGUCUAACAAUUGAAUUGAGUUUUGAAUUGAAUACAUGU